AUGCUGGCUGAUUUUGGGCUCCAAAAUGACUUAGGACGAUUUGCCUUCUCCCCUACAAGAGCACCUAUGCGUGUUUACGGGGAUCCCGCAUAUCCCCUCCGGACUCUUCUACAGGGCCAAUUUCGUCGGGCACAUCUCACACUACUAAUGAAAGCAUAUAAUACAGCAACGAGCACAGUUCGCACUUCCAGUACUAGUCCUAGUCUUAGUCAGAAUGAACAUAACAGUGGCACUGGGGAUUAUGUAUUUUUCCAGGUGAUAACCACCUUAAGUUGCACAAUGAUAUUAUAGAAGUUAUAGCUUCAAUUGAACAUAUGUUACUUAAAUCAAAAAAGAAAAUAUCAUGCUCAAUGAAAACAACUUUACUUAUCACCUUCUGUAAAACCGAAAGAAACAUGGUGUUCAUUUGCUGUUGCUUUCGCAGGAGUGUUUGCAUAACCUGCUCCUGACUUCCCUGCUCUUUCUUUUUUUAUGUCAAACGCCGCGAGCGGUUGUGCGUAUAUCUGGCCUGACUUGCAGCAUUUGGAGAUCCAUCCUUUUCUGAUCUCCGUUUCUUCGUCUCCUUAAGUUUUCCAUUACUUUUUUUUCCUAUACCGUCAGCCGUUUCUUUAUACUCUUGUUAAGAGGAAGAAUCCGCGUCCGCAAAUCAUCCGGAGAGAUUCCACUUCCCUUUUCUUCCUCGCUCAUUUUCUUAGUAAAUUUCUUCCUCAGAAGCAUCCAUCUCUCUCUCACUGCUCUCUUUUGUCUCUGAGUUGAAACUUUGGAGAGUCAAUUUCAUUCAAUGUCUCUACUAUGGCCUCCUAUACCAGACCACGCUCUAGGCUUCCCUUUUUUCACAACAAACACAUUUCCGGCUGACAUUCUCGUAAUAGCAACACAUCAUACUCCUUCGUCCACUCCAUUUGCCAGAGAGAAAAGUCGAAGUGGAAAAAAUCAAAGAAAGAUUGUUAAAAAAAAAAAAUCCAAAAUUGUUAGAUGUAAUAGACUCUUUUUUUUUUCUUGCACAUUUAAUUUUGGUUUCUUACUUCAAUUUUCGAUCGUCCGUUGCCGCCGUUUUACGCACAACACAAAGGUACGUAUGUCACGAAGCCAGGAGACGAUCCUUAUUUUCUUUUUUAAACACUAUAUUAUUUAUCUUAAACUUCUGGAAACCUUACGACCCCGAACCUUAUCUAUAGUAGCCGAUUACUUAUUUAUAGUAGCCGAUCUGAAACAUUGUUUUUAGCAGCAAGAACAUUCUAGACGCUAAUGAUGACAUAUCCUUAAAAUAACUCAAUAGAAUGUUCCGGAAUAUGGAGAAGUUUUUAGCUCAGCUUAUGCAAUAGCGUUGUGGUAAAUCAACGUUCUAUUAAUUUCUGGAGACUUCGUUACAACGUAUAAGAGGGCUUCUCUUAUGGGCCUUGUGAGUAGUAAACCUAGAAAUAGACAACUCGCUAAAAUACAUAUAUGUUAUUUGCCGGCUGGGAGGUCCGUAUGGUGAAAAAUCAGACCGAGGUCUUGAAAAUACUGCUCGAGGCCGUAGGCCGAGGGCAGCAUUUUCAAGACCGAGGUCACAGUUUUUCACCAUACGGACCGACCCUUAGCCGGUAAAUAACAUAUUUAUUGUUUUAAACUUGACGAAAUUCUUUCCGAAAGAACCCGAAUGAUUUAGGGCUGUAAAUACGGCGAGAUCUUCCAUAAACUGAACAAUUUUUGAGUGAGUAAAUGGAAGUUAAAAUAGAGGUGAUGCAAAUUAAAGAGAGAUGCCUCAGCGAAACAUUUACAUUUCCGUAACGAUAAAGGUGAUUUAAAAGGCUUCCAAACAAACUUUGAAACAUUAUUUUUACAAGUAUCUGUCACAAUCUGACACCUGUCAAUUAGAGAGCGCGCAAGAAAAAAAAAGCGAAGGAACAUUUGAAAAACAUCAGAACUAGUUUGGCAAGGACUGUCACGACAAUGUUUUCUUCAAAAUCAGUCAAUGAUCUAACGGAAAGUAUUAUUCACUCUCAUCGACCAUUCAUUCAUGUACGAAUAUCUAACUCUGUUCAUUAAGUAAACGGCGAGGAAAGUAAUUGUGAGUAAAUUCAAUUUUUUUACUUUGAAGUUGUGAGAGUUUACUCGUUUGUUUGCUGCAAUGGCGUGUGUGACUCUGGUCUUUCCUUCACAAAAACUAAAUUCAAACGGCACACUCCAGCGAGACACAAGGGAAUUUAAUGCGGCCUUUUCUCAAAAAAUUCCUUCAAUUUCUGUUGUGCAAUUUACGGUACAAAUGUCUAAAUUGAACGGAAUUGGAAAGACUCACCGGGAGCGUAUAUUUGUUGUAGAACUUAAAUUAAAACUUUGCUCGCUCUUUCACUACGAACAAAUUGCUUGAGAAAAUUCAGAUAUUAAAUGAAUGAAAGUUCCAUCGUUCAGUUUAACUGUGGCCAAAUACUUCACGUUUCAACUUUCUGGGUACUUUUUGUGAACGAUUAAAAUUAAUUGCAGACGGUUUUUAGGCCGCUUGUCAGCCAACGUAAUGACACUUUUGUUUAUUCAAAUUCAUUCUGAAACCAAUAUUUUCCUGUUAACCAAAGUGAUUUGAUAGAGAGAAAAGAGAGGAUUCAUAAGUUAUUUAUCGGCUUGAGGUAGUGACCGACUUGUUUGCUUAAAAAUACUGCCCAGCCAGCAAAACGAGGUAUAUUUAUGAAAAAAUGACAACGAAAGUUGGGAUGUACUCGGCGAUUCACGAAAGCGUUACCGUGGCCCGUGGGCAGAGAUAGGAAAAUACUGACCGGGUAAAGAACCAAUCAGAUUGCAGGAUUCGUUACCGUGCCCUCUAAAAAAACAAUAAAAUGGGUUCUUUUCGAUAUAGUAAGCGGUCAGAUAACAAGCAAUGUACUGCCAAUAAAUGAUGAGGUAUUUUUAUUGAGAAUUUGACUUUUAUUCAUAAGAUCGGUCGUAAAUAUUCCCCAACAAACUAUUGUAAUUUCGCCGUGACUCUUAUUUCGCAAGAUGAUCAUCUCACGGCUGGAGCUUAGGUCGCCUGUGGGUCAGUAAAUAAACCAAGCACGUCCACUUGAGGAAGUUUCAAAAUGCUGUCACAAUUCGGAAACUCAUCACGACAGCUAAAACCUAAAUAACUUUGGAAUACAUUACAUUAAAUACUUUCUAAAUAUUAACGAAAAUUCAAUUGUACAAAACUGACUAACUUACUGAUUAUAUACUAACUAACUGCUUUAUAACACUAGAUCGAAUUACGGAAAAAGAUUAUUUUUACUUUUAACAUUAUACUUCGUAAGUUAAUUUUUCACCCUAAGGUGCUUCGCGUGUUUUUCCAUGGUCGAUUUUAUCAUGGCUUAAUUUCAUGUUCUCUCGAUCGUCAUGAAUGGAAGGGAAGCGUCGGUGCACCCAUCAAAUGGAAAAUUGCUGUCACCGUUCUAGUCUUAUUGUGUGUCGGUUUGCUGAUAGCUCUCAUCGUGGUUGCGGUAGAUUUCACCCAGUACAAAAAGAGAUAUCCAAACAAACUGAAAACAAAUUCGUGCGCCGAAAAAACCCUCGAAUUUGGUGAAGUACCGAAGACUCAAAACAUCUUUAACGAACUUUCCCGCGAAGAAUUAAUCGCUGCGAGGAAUUUCAUGUUAAAACAAUCCUCAUUGAAACUAAAGAAGAUUGAAAACGCAUCCGUGAAGGAAAAUUAUAUUUUCAUGAUCCAGAUGUACCCGCCUGCCAAACAAGCAGUCCUGGAUUAUUUAGAGAAAGGCAGACCGCAGCCUGCCAGAAGAGCGCUUGUUGUUGUUUUCGAAGGUGAUUCCAACCCACCAGUGGUCCGAGAGUACAUUGUAACAUGGCCGAACAGCACCGUCAAGGAAAUGACGUACGAAGAACGCGGCAAUCCUCUUGAGUUCAACGUUCGCCCUUAUGAUCAAGUACAACACAAGGCCUUAGAGAAGAUUGUUAUAGAAGCCACAACCAAGCUUUUUAAGAUUUUAAAUGACAGUUAUGAUGGAUACUGCUAUAACAACUGUACAAACAGGCUGUUAAAAUUUCAUCCACAGGGACCCUUUUGGUAAAAAUAGGAACGAACGAACAACGUGGCUGCAAUUCACUCGCGAUCUAGAAGGGGAAUCGCUGAACCCAGUUGAUUUUCAACUCUACAUAAAUUUUGCUGGCGCGGACGUGUCGAAAUGGAAAGUGGACAGAGUGUAUUACAAUGGAUUCGCAUUCAACACCGUCGACGACCUUUUAUUUCAUUAUAAUAAACCGUCAGGUAUUCAAAAAUCGUUCAUCCCCGCGCCAAAACCACCUCUAUUUUCAUCAUACGAAAAUCGUGGAAGCCCCAGUCCCAGAGUUCCAGGCGAGCCCCGAGGAUGUUUGAGCCUGAUGGGAAAAGAUUCCUUGUCAGCGGUCACCAUGUUAAGUACAUGAGUUGGACCUUCGACUUUCGAAUGGAUUCAGUUUCAGGCCCUCAACUCUACGACAUUCGAUUUAAAGACAAAAGAAUAAUCUACGAACUCAGCUUACAGGAGGCCAUUUCAUUUUACACUGGCUACUCCCCAUACUUCAGGGUCACCAAUUUUGUGUAUGGUGGAUGGACAAUGGGUAGGAGAUCUUUAGAACUAGUGGCCGGCGUCGACUGUCCAGAGACAUCCAAGUUUUUCGACACGCUGCAUUUCGUGGACAUCAAUGAACCGGAAGUAAUCAGGAAUGCGGUAUGCGUUUUUGAAAUGGACAGCGGUAUUCCACUGAGGCGCCACUUUGAAGCAAUUGGAAAAAGGUUCCGCUUUUUUGAAGGAAUGACCAGUCAUGUGUUAGUAAUUCGCACCAUUGCCACUUUGCGCGGUCAUGACAACGUCUUCGAUUUUAUGUUCUAUCAGAAUGGCGUUGUGGAGGUAAAAUCGACACCCACCGGCUACAUACAAACAGAGAACGGCCAAACAAGCCUCGAUGAUCCAUAUGGGCAAGAUAUUGAGAAUAAACUGCUAGGAAACCUACACGAUUACACAUUCCAUUACAAAAUAGAUCUUGAUGUCUAUGGUACCUCCAAUUAUUUUGAAAAAAUCUCAAUCAGUAAAGACGACGAACCAAAUAAAUGGCUUCCACCGCAAAGAGAAAAUGUAAUAGUAUUCCGCCGAGAACAGCUAAAACUGGAGCUUGAAGCAGCGAUUGAGAACAUCGACUUCGGAAAGCCAACUUUUUAUAAUGUGUACAGUAAUGAAAAAAACAAGUUUGGCGUAAGUAGAUGAUAUCUUGUCAUACCGAUAUCAGCCGUGAAACAAAUUCUUCCGAAAGAAGAUCGUUACACCAAGAUGGCACCGUGGUCGAAUUAUCCAAUUGCUGUUACCCUCUAUAAAGAUACCGAGCUAAAGAGUAGCUCUGUGUACAAUCAGAACAGCCCCACCCUGCCCAUUGUCAACUUCGAAGAAUUCCUAGGCGACAACAAUGACAUUACUGAUCAAGAUCUCGUCGCUUGGGUUUCUAUCGGAUGUAUCCAAUUUCCGAGCUCCGAAGAUAUCCCGAACACUGCGACGUCUACGAACACGGCCAGGUUCUUUCUUCGGCCGUUCAAUUACUUCGACGCCGAUCCUUCAAUAAAUUCUACCGGUGCAGUGUUUAUCAAACCUUCGACAGACAAAAGUGGUUCAAGUCCUCCUGUGGUUGUGAGCCGUGUGAAUCGUAGUAAAGAUGUAUGCGUGCCAAGAAAAUAUGACAUUAACUUAACAGGAACUUACGAAUGA